UAUUUUGGCCAAAAUUUAUUUAGUGUCACCUAUAAAACGAACCAAAUUCCGACAACACUGCAGUGACAAAAAGCUUGCAAACCAAAACCUAGAGAACCCAAGUUCUUGCAGUGAGUGAGAGCAAAAAGGAGAGACGUGCGGCGGCGAUGGCUUCUGGAGGAGGAGGCGGCGGUGGAGGAGUGGAGUGGCACGUUAGGCCGCCAAAUCUCAAAAACCCAAUCGUAUUUUUCGAUAUAACCAUCGGUUCCAUCCCAGCCGGUCGUAUCAAAAUGGAACUCUUCGCUGAUAUUGCCCCUAAAACCGCCGAAAAUUUCAGGCAGCUAUGCACCGGCGAAUACAGAAAAGCAGGGUUGCCUGUUGGUUACAAGGGAUGCCAAUUUCAUAGGGUUAUUAAAGAUUUUAUGAUUCAAGCUGGAGAUUUUAUCAAGGGUGAUGGUAGUGGAUGUACUUCAAUUUAUGGGCAUAAGUUUGAAGAUGAAAAUUUCAUUGCCAAACACACUGGUCCUGGUCUGCUAUCAAUGGCAAACAGUGGACCGAACACCAAUGGUUGUCAGUUUUUUAUCACAUGUGCAAAAUGCGAGUGGCUUGAUAAUAAGCAUGUUGUAUUUGGGAGGGUGCUUGGAGAUAGUCUUCUUGUCGUUCGGAAGAUAGAGAAUGUGGCUACUGGACCCAACAACAGGCCAAAACUACCCUGCAUCAUAGCUGAGUGUGGAGAAAUGUAAAACUUGAUAUAAUUAAAACACAUGCUGAAGAGUAAACCCUAAAUGUUGGUGUAACCAUUUUAGAGUUAAUUUCCUCUAGAUCUGUUGACAUUUAUACAGGGUUUUCCUCUUUGGCUUAAAUUGCUUGAUUAUCAAGAUGUUGGUUGAAGUACUAAAUUGGACCACUGAAUUAUUGAAGCACUUAUAUGAUAAAGGUGCUGGAGAGAUCCAUUGAACUUUA